ACCAUGUUAGAAUACCAUGUGAGUUAUCUUUAGUGCAUUGGUGGAAUGAGCUCCCACUUGUCAUAUUUCUUACCGACGCAAGAAUGAAAACUCACACGGUAUCCUAAACGCACCAAAUGUGGUCACUAUAGAAUUGCUCGAGGAGAAAGAAAAGGAGAAAGGGAAAAAAAACAGAAAGAAAAAGGCUUCAAUGUCUCAAGUCUCUGAUAGGUAUUCUAUUAAGAACUUUAGCAGACUCAAAUCUUAUCAGUGCUUCAAUCCAGAGUGCUAAUGGCAAAACCAUUUCAGUACCAUCCACUAAAUCUCCUUCUCUUCUUCUUCUUCUUCCUCCUGUUCAUGGUUGUGGUUUCAAUCCCUGACUCAGACCAGCUACAAUCUUCCCAAUCCCAUGUCCUUUCCGAAAUCCAACAGUUACUAAACUACCCACAAGUCCUGAGCACCUGGAACCAAACCACAGAUUUUUGCAACACUGAACCAAACCCAUCUCUAACACUAGUAUGCUAUGGGGGUGACCUAACCCAGCUGCAUAUCAUCAGUGAUAACUGUUGGCUUCCUCAGACAACAAUGGUGCCUCAGAGUGGUUUCUCCUCUGAUUCUUUCUUCUCCACUCUUUCCACCCUCCCCAGCUUGAAAGUCCUCUCUUUAGUUUGUUUAGGCUUAUGGGGUCCAUUGCCUGCCAGUAUUGGGAGACUGUCUUCACUUGAGAUUCUCAACAUGAGCUCAAAUUACUUUUCUGGCCCUCUCCCUCAAGAGUUGUCAUCUUUGAGCAACCUCCAAACACUCAUACUUGAUCACAACAACUUCACCGGUCGGAUUCCUGGUUGGCUUGUUUCACUGCCAUUGCUUGCUGUUUUGAGUUUAGGCAACAAUUCACUUAGUGGGCCUAUUCCAUUUUCUUUCACAAGGAUGGAAAAUCUCCGUGUUCUUUUGCUUUCGAUGAAUCGUUUGUCUGGAGAAGUCCCUAAUCUCCAGAACUUGACAAAUCUUCAAGUUCUUGAUGUGGGAUAUAAUGAACUUGGGCCCCAUUUUCCAAAACUACUGCACACAAACUUGUUGAUUCUGGUCCUUAGAAAGAACAAGUUUAGCUUUGGCAUACCGGAAGAAAUAAGCUCCUGUUAUCGACUCCAGCAGCUGGAUAUCUCUUCCAAUGGGCUUACUGGACCAUUUCUGGCCCAGUUGCUGUCACUACCUUCGCUUUCCUAUCUCGAUAUUUCAGGCAACAAAUUCACCGGAGUGCUUUAUGGAAACACUUCCUGCAAUGCUAGACUUGCUUUUGUAAACUUGUCGUCGAAUUAUUUGACCGGAGAGUUGCCCAGAUGCUUACAGUCCAAUUCUAGUACAAGGGUUGUCCAGUAUACUGGAAAUUGCUUGUCACAGAGUAGUGCUCAAGAGCAGCACCCGUAUUCGUUUUGCCGCAUUGAAGCACUGGCCGUGAAAAUUACCCCCCAUGAGCGGGAGCGAAAAUCGAUCAAGAGAUCAGUUUUGGCAUCAAGUUCAGUAGGAGGGAUUUUUGGUGGAAUUGCACUUUGUGUUGUGCUUUUCUUGGGUAUGAGAAAAGUAUACGCGAAACAAACGGUGAAAACACCUCAAGCAAGACUAAUAAUAGAAAAGGUUCCACCUGCGUACACUAUGAAGAUGCUUUCAGAUGCAAGGUACAUAUCGGAGACGAUGAAGCUUGGAGCACUUGGACUCCCUCCUUAUCGAACUUUUUAUCUGGAGGAGCUUAAGGAGGCUACCAGUAACUUUAGCUCGUUAAAUUUCAUCGGCGAAGGAUCUCAGGGUAAGGUUCACAAAGGGAUACUCACAGAUGGAACUCUCGUCGCUAUUAGAAGCUUGAAAAUGAGAAAGAGGCAUGGGAUCCAGUCCUACAGACACCAAAUUGAAUUAAUUUCAAGACUUAGACACCGCCACCUUGUUAGUUUUGUUGGCCAUAGCUUUGAGUGCUACCCAGAUGAUUCAAGCGUCAGCACAACAUUUCUGGUUCAGGAAUUUGUGCCCAAUGGGACACUUAGAAGCUGCAUUUCUGAGGUAGUUUCAGGACACAAGUUCACUUGGACACAAAGGAUAGCAGCUGCAAUCGGAGUUGCAAGGGGUAUUCAGUUUCUUCAUACAGGAAUAGUGCCUGGUGUGUUUUCAAACGAUUUGAAGAUAACCGAUGUUCUGCUGGAUCAUGAACUCCAUGUGAAGAUAAACAACUAUAACCUUCCUUUGUUAGCUGAAAACCGGAUCCAGGUAUGUAGUGGAGCUGUACACACUGGACCGAAAGAGCGGAACACGGGCACAGCGAAUGGUGACAAGAACGAUGUAUAUGACAUGGGCAUAAUUUUGCUCGAAAUCAUCGUUGGAAGAGUUAUCAUGUGCCGAAGUUCCAUUACCACUGCUAAGGAUCUCUUACAAGUAAGCUUAACGACAGAUGAUGACGUAGCUCGGAGAAGCAUCGUUGAUCCAGCGAUCCACAAGGAGUGUUCUGAUGAUUCACUAAAAACUGUGAUGGAGAUUUGUGUCAGGUGUCUUUCCAAUGAACCAACUGAUAGGCCUACUGUGGAGGAUGUGCUCUGGAACUUGCAGUUUGCAGCUCAGGUUCAGGACCUAUGGAGGGUGGACUCCAACAGCAAUCAAGGCUCCCCUUUCAAGUCUACCGAAUAGUUGUAACUUGGAUAGCCUCCCACUUCCAUGUGGUUUCAUGUACAACUAUCACAGUUUAGAUGAAUAUAAACGUCAAUUAAGCUAUUUCACCGUACUCUUAGUUCUCGUAUGCUAGGCUGGGAGUUGCAUGGCAAUCGUUGGAAAUGCCAUUAUGUAAGUCUGAACGGAGGGUCUUGGGAGAAAGUAAUAAUAUGAUUCCCCCUAACUCGAAAA